ACCGCUGCGCGAACAAAGACUUGACUGCGGUGUCAAACCCUCAGCAGGAUGUCUUCAGUCCACACUCUCCGGCAGUUCGUCAACGAUCGUCUGGCCGCUGCUGCGCAGGAAAUCUUCGCAGUGUUCCAGCAGACUGUGUCCGAGUUGGUGGACGAGUUGGACCGCCAGCGGAAGCUGCUGGACGGGCUGCUGAAACAACCCGUGGUUCGGCUCCCCAACAUAUGUUCGUACAGUGCGGCGGGCUGCGAGCAAAGAGACAAGUCUAAACCGCUUCUUAGGAAAGAAUGCUGUUUAACAGGGCAGCAAAAUCACAGACACAAGGAUGUCCAGCAGCUGCCGGUGGCCAAAACAGAAGAAUCCCUCGAGCUGCAGAAGCACAGACCCUGUCUGGACCCCGAGGAGCCAGAUCACCCACACUAUAAAGACGGGGCACUAGGGAAUGUCUCUUCUUUGUGUGAAGUGAAGAAGGAAGAUCGUGCACAGAGAGAGGUGGAGCCUCCAACCUGCAGCUUCACCAUAAAAGCAGAGACUGAUGGAGACCACUGUGGAAGACUGGAACCAGUCAGCUACUCUGGUCCACUUCUCCUCUCUCCUUACCAAAGGACACUCUCUGAUUCCGACACUGACAACAGCGAAGACUGGAGGAAGUCCACAGACACUCAGACAGGUUCAAACUCGGGGGAGAAUCCAGAGGUCAGUGAGAGGAGUGAUGACAAAUCUCCAAGAUGUUCGAGAUGCUCCAGAGUGUUCACUUGUGUUACGAGCCUGAGGGAUCACCAAAAAGCCUGCAGUCGCAGACCUUUCACCUGUUUGCUGUGUGGAAAGUCUUUCCGUAUGAAAGGAAAUCUAAAGGCUCACAUGAUAAGUCACACUGGAGAGAAACCUUUCAGCUGUCCCCAGUGUGGCAAAUGUUUUAAUCGAAGGCACAUUUUGAAGAAUCACUUGAGAACUCAUUCAGGAGAGAAACCCUACAGCUGCUCUCAGUGUGGUCACUGCUUCAAGUGGAAGGUCCAACUGAAGAAUCAUUUGACAACGCACACUGGGGAAAAACCUUUUGGCUGCUCACUGUGUGGCAAAUGUUUUAAUCGAAGAGACAAUUUGAAGACUCACAUGAGAAUUCACUCCGGCGAGAAACCAUUUUCUUGCUCCAGGUGUGGGCGAAGGUUUACGACGUCGGGUAACAGGAAGAAACAUGAGAGAAGUCACAGUGGUUCUUCCCUCUCCACUUCUCAGUGACAACAGAUCCACUACUACUACUAAUACUGCAACUCUCUACUCACUGGCAUCAUGAAGAACUCUCUCACUCCCCCUGCUGGUUCAUAACUCAGCAGUGAGGCUUCUAAUUGGCUCAAACAGACGGCAGCACAUUACUCUAGUGUUACAGCUUCUCUGCGCUGGCUCCCUGUCCACUUAAGAAUCAAUUUUAAGAUUUUAUGAAUAAUUUUCAAAGCCCAUCUCGGUCUAGCCCACAAAUACAUUGUAGAACUGCUGACCCCCUACGAGCCAGCCAGGACGCUCACAUCCUCCUGGGUCUCUGCUUGUUGUCCCAAAGUCUUGACCUAAAUCUACAGGUGACAGAGCCUUUUCUGUCAGGGCUCCUCCACUCUGGACCAGUCUGCCAGAGGAGAUCCCAAACACAAUGUGCGCCGGCACCUUCAAAUCACAGCUAAAAAGUCACUUUUAUGGGCUUGGAGUUACGUAACAUUUCCUUAGUUCAAACUCGCUGAAGGCCUAGCUGUCCACUUUAGCAGCAGACAUAGUGAAAACACUCUCUGCUGUUUUGCCCGUAAGGCACUUUGUGAACAGUGUUCUAAAAAGUACAAUAGAAAUAAUAUUUUAUUAUCAUUAUCAUUGAAUUCUGAUCCAAGUGUGGCCACCCUUCUGCGCCUGAUAGACACAAUAAAUAUAAUCAAUCUAUUUUAAACAAAUUCCCUAAAAACUCUAUGUCUAGUUGGGAUUCAGAAACAUCGCUCUGGUGCUGAGAGCUGGUGACACUCGCUUGUGAUUUGUCUCAAAUGAUGUAUAAUAUCUGAACUGUACUUACACUUACAAAAUACUGUAUUGAAGUUUGUUUUUUUGUGUCACUGUUACAUGAUAGAUUCUUGUCGUGUACUUAAUGCAUUGUUCAUUGUUUACCUUUGUUUGGAAUGUGUGUGUUUCCUGGCACACAGCUGUUGGGCAGAAAUCAGAGUCCACAAUGUUGAGCCACAUGAAUAAACAUGUCCUGCUGAGUUUCUGUGUCACCUGUGCGUGUGGUGCUGAGUGAGGGCUGCUGCAGUGUUGUUCUUCUUUUAAUCUAUUUGUUCUCACAACAGCCUUCAGACCUCCACGGUUUUGUUGAAACUGAGAUC